AUGUCUGACAUACAGCCUUACCGCAUUGCCAUUUCCGAUGCAGGCUUGUCAGACCUGAAGAGCCGCCUCUCUGGAGCUCGAUUGCCAGACGAGCUCGACGGAGCCGAGUGGGAUCUUGGCACGCCUCUGGCGGACGUCAAACGCCUGGCCCAACACUGGGCCGUGAACUUCGACUGGCGGCGCGCAGAGGCUCGGCUGAACGAGCUUCCGCACUUCACGACACCUAUCUCCGUCGAGGGUUUCGAAACGCUCAAUGUGCACUUCAUCCACCGGCGAAGUCCCCGCCCGGACGCCAUACCUCUCAUCUUCGUGCACGGAUGGCCCGGCAGCUUCUACGAGGGCACCAAGAUCGUCGAGCCGCUGGCCGAGGGAACCGGUGAGGGCGGAGCCCCCGCGUUCCACGUGGUGGUGCCCUCGCUGCCCAGCUUCGGCUUCUCAGAGGGGACCAAGAAGCGCGGUUUCUCCAUCGCCCAGCACGCCGAGGUUAUGAACAAGCUCAUGCUCAAGCUCGGAUACGAUCAGUACGUGACCCAGGGCGGCGACUGGGGCUGGGCCAUCACGCGCGCCAUGUCCUACUUCUAUCCGGCGCACGCGCGGGCGCAGCACGUCAACCUGGGUAUGGGAAGCCCGCCCUCGCUCCUGAGGCACCCGCUACUGGCCGUUGAGAGCAUGGUCAAGCCCUGGACGCAGCGCGAGAAGGAGGGUCUCGCCAGAAGCAAGUGGUUUCGGCAGGAGGGCCGUGGGUACAAUCAGGUCCAGAGCACCAGGCCCCAGACGAUCGGGUACGCUCUUGCAGAUAGCCCCGUCGCGCUGCUCAGUUGGAUAUAUGAGAAGCUGCACGACUGGACGGACUCGUACCCCUGGACGGAUGACGAGGUUUGUACCUGGAUGAGCAUCUACUGGUUCAGUACGGCUGGUCCCGCAGCUAGUGUGAGGCUUUAUUAUGAGAACAUGCAUGAAAACACGUCGGCGGCCGGAGGUAGCGCCAUUGGCGGAGGACAGAACUUGUGGAAUGAAAUGGCCAAGUAUCAAAAUGUCAAGAUGGGCUUGGGCCAUUUCCCAAAGGACGUGAUCGCCUUGCCCGCAGUAUGGAGUCGCCAGAUGGGGAACGUCGUGCAUGAAAAGCAACAUCCCAAGGGCGGGCACUUUCCGGCUUGGGAGAAUCCAGAAGCUAUCAUUGGUGAUUUGCGGGCAAUGUUUGGCGAGAAAGGAGGUGCGAGAGAUGUCUUGAAGACAAGUAAGCUCUAG